AUGGAGUCCAUCAUAAAGCGGCAACUCCCCUAUCACCCUCAGACAAGUGGACGGGUUGAAGUCUCCAACAAGAAACUCAAGAGGAUCUUGGAAAAGACUUUGAUUUAUGGUAAGGCCUGUCACUUGCCAGUGGAAUUGGAGCACAGAGCAUAUUGGGUAACAAAGUUUUUGACUUUUGAUGCCAAUGCUGCAGGAGAGAAAAGGCUACUUCAACUAAAUGAGCUUGAUGAGUUCAGAAACUCUGCCUAUGAAAAUGCCAACCUCUACAAGGAAAAGACCAAGAAGUGGCAUGAUAAAAAGAUAGCCACAAGAGUAUUUGACCCAGGACAGAAGGUGCUACUAUUCAAUUCUUGA